GUCCAAACAUCCUAGUGGACGACACCCUGCCCUCGGAAGUAGACAAGGCCCUUCUGAGUUCGGUGAAGGACUCCAUCGUCCAGGGCUUCCAGUGGGGUACCCGCGAGGGUCCCCUAUGCGAGGAGCCCAUCAGAAACACGAAAUUUAAAAUCCUGGAUGCCGUCAUCGCUAACGAGCCCCUGCACAGAGGUGGCGGUCAGAUCAUCCCCACCGCGAGACGGGUGGUGUAUUCCGCCUUCCUCAUGGCCACUCCGAGGCUGAUGGAGCCCUAUUUGUUCGUGGAAGUGCAGGCACCGGCAGACUGCGUGUCUGCCGUGUAUACGGUGCUUGCGAAGAGACGUGGUCAUGUCACUCAAGAUGCGCCAGUGCCAGGGUCUCCGUUGUACACCAUUAAGGCUUUCAUUCCGGCUAUAGACAGUUUCGGUUUCGAGACUGAUUUGAGGACGCACACGCAGGGACAGGCGUUCUGUCUGUCGGUCUUUCAUCACUGGCAG